AUGGCGAGGCAGAACGCCCCGUCUGUGCGGGUCACAAAGGCGCCGUUCCAGGGGUCCGAGAACGCCCGGGCGUGGAGCUGUGGGCUGGCGCAGCGAGGCCGCAAGGCGAGCAGCCCUCCUGGCGCGGCCGGACUCGGUCCGAGCAGCCUGGUAGGCGGCCCUGCUGUUGCUCCUGCCCUCUGUCUCCCUCAACCAAAGAAACAUAGGAGAAAAGACUCUGGAUAUUCCCAGGAAGAUUCAGACAAGACCAAAGAGCAACAGGCAGAGAUGGAGCUUCGGAGGCUAAGGCAGCAGUUCAGGAAAAUGGUGGACAGCCGGAAGACCUUUAACUUCCGCUCCCAGCAGAGGAUCACCAACCAGUACAAGGAGAUCAAGACCCUGAAAGAGGAGCAGGAUGAGAUCACCCUGAUCCUGAGUCUCAUCAAGUCCUCGAAGAACUUGAGUCUGAAUAAGAAGAACUAUAUGGAGCUGCGGUUUUUGCUGCAGACCAAGGAGGACUACGAGACCCUGAUUAGAUCCAUGAAAACACUGCUGACUGAGCUGGAUGAGAAGAUUGCUCAGAUGGAAAAAAAAAUUAUAAACCAAAAGCAGAUCUUCAUUAAAAUGCAGGAGGCCAAUAACCCCCGGAAACUGCAAAAACAGAUCCACAUCCUGGAAACCCGUUUGAAUCUCGUCACCGUCCACUUUGACAAGAUGUUGACUACCAAUGCCAAGCUCCGGAAGGAGAUCGAGGACCUCCGGUUUGAGAAAGCUGCUUAUGACCACGUCUACCAGCAGCUGCACCGUCGCAUGUCGAUGCAAAAGAAAACCAUGAAUGUGGCCAUUGAGCAGUCUGCUCAGGCCUAUGAGCAGAGGUUGGAAGCCAUGGCUCGAAUGGCGGCCAUGAAGGACCGCCAGCAGAAGGACAUCUCUCAGUACAACCUGGAGAUCCGAGAGCUGGAACGUCUCUAUGCCCACGAGACCAAGCUCAAGUCCUUCCUGCUCGUCAAGCUGAACGACCGCGUGGAGUUCGAGGAGCAGGCCAGAAGGGAAGAAGCUCUGAAGGCAAAGAAACAUGGAAAGAAGAACAAGGGGGAGAGUUUUGAGAGCUACGAGGUGGCCCACCUCCGGCUGCUGAAGCUGGCUGAGAAUGGGAACCUGAACCAGCUCAUUGACGAAUACCUGGCCAAGGAGGAGAAGAACUUUGCUCGGUUCACUUAUGUCACAGAGCUCAACAAUGACAUGGAGAUGAUGCAUAAGAAGACCCAGAGGAUCCAGGACGAGAUCAUCCUCCUGAGAUCCCAGCAGAAAUCUUCCCACGAUGACAGCCGUUCAGCCUUGAAACUCCUAGAGGAGAAACUGAAGAAGACCACAGAGGAGGCGGACGGGUAUGAGAAGGACUACAAGGAGAUCAGCAAGACCUUGGACUACCUCAAGAACUCGGUGGAAAAUCUGUUCAGGAAAAUCAGGUGUGACGCCACCAAGAUCCUGGUGCAGCUAGGGGAGACGGGGAGAAUCACCGACACCAAUCUUCCGCAGUAUUUUGCCAUCAUUGAAAAGAAGACCAAUGACUUGCUGCUGUUAGAGGCUUACAGACGGGUCCUGGAAGUGGAAGGGGCGGAGACAGAGACACCGCCACCCUUCCUCAACCCUUUCUGGGGUGGCUCUGCUUUCCUCAAGCCAGCGGAAGCCGCCAAGGUCAUCCCCCCGGUGUUCGGGUCGGACAUCCUCAGUGAGAGGUUGGAUGAUUAUGAUCAGCCACUGAACCACAAAAGCCUUCGGCAGCUGGUGCUGGACCACUACAAAGCAAGGGAGUCUCGAAAUCUGCCCUUGGACAGCAUUGCUGAGAAGAGCGACCUGAAAAGGAGAAGCUAACAGGCUGCAAUGGAUGGUUCUGAAUUUGUACCAUAACCAGAGAGUAAAUGUUUUGUUCCGUAACCUCAGUGCCUGCGCACACUCUGUACUAGGAGACUUGGG